CUAAUAACGAAGCUUCUUAAUAGGUAUUCCCUUGUGUAAAUAACCCCACCCAUACAUUACAUGAGUCAACUAGGUUGAAAUUUUCGCGCGACAUGAACAACUCUAUGAAGCAAAGGUUCAAUGAUCUUUGGGCCUUCGGAAAACCUAAGUGGCAGACGAAUGCUAGUCAUGAAACCUACGAUAAGGAAGUUGGCGAUGAGGAGUCUCAGGAGACCCUGCUCACACAUCACCCAGAUGAGCAACGCAGGACAUCUUUCAAGCAGUCAAUACUCUGGGGGUGUUUGGUAACUUUGAAGACUAUCCUACUCUUUUCUUACCCACUGCUUUUAUAUCAAGCCUGGAGAUAUAGGGACCAAGAUCCUGCCUGCCGCCUUGGAAAUGAACGAAUAUUUGACGAUAUACCGGUUAUUUACGAGAGCAUCCGCUUCCGGCGUGCCGGUUUUCACGACACACGUCACGACGAAUUGACAAAGUAUGAGGGCGAACCAAAUGAUCAUAAUAAUGCGGCAUGGGAACGACUACUUGAAGUGGGAGUAGUCGGUAUUUCCGAGAAAGAAAACUCGAGGCUCACCAAUGGGUCCGCCUCCGCACCCCGGAACCCCGAUCAGUACAUGGUCGAAUUGGAACUCUUUCAUCAACUACACUGCCUGAAAUGGCUCCGUGACCAAAUCUGGGAGUUUCAAGAUGCCAUUGACAAUUCACAUCCCCUGACGGUCAUAUCACAGCGAAAAGAUCAUAACGAUCACUGCAUCGACUACCUUCGCCAGGCCAUUAUGUGUCAUGGCGAUAUUACGCCCAUCACAUUUGAAUGGAUAUCGGAGAUUAACAGCUACAUCGCUCACCACAGCACAGAACAUCAAUGUAGGAAUUUCGAUGCCAUCUACAAUUGGGCGAAAGAGCGAGAUACGACUGGACUCCAGGUGGAUGGAAAACAUCAGAACGUGGAAUUUGCCGAGCAGGAAAACUCCGACUAG